AUGUCAGUGGAAUCAACUCAACCAUCAAUGACAGAGAAUUCAAUAAUUGAUGAUAAUGACAGAACAGGUGAAACAGCCAUUGAAAUGCCUUCAUGUUCAGAGGAAAGUAAGAAUAUGGUUCAAAAGCCCGUACAAGAGGAACAACAAGCAUGUACUGCGCAUCAUUCUAGUGAAGAUAAACAAUUUGAGAAAAAUAAACUUUCAAAUUCACAAUUAAUAAGAAAUGAAGGCAAAGUUGAAGGAAUAAAUGAUUCGUUAAGAAAAAGUCAAAGGUCAGAGGGGAAUAAAGAAAUGUCGCAAGCAAAUAAAACAUGUAUAGAAAUCGAAGGAAUGAUUCCCGAAAAAGAUUAUAAAGCACAGAAUACGAAGAAAAAAGAAUUAGCUAAUGCGCAAGCAAUAAAUAGUGAAAGUAUGCAAAAACGUGAUUUGUUGAACUUGGACAAGCCUGACCAGAUGCAUGUGGACAAAGUAUUCAAGGAUCAAGAAAUGGAGCACCCAGAACUUGCACCUGCCGUCAACUAA